AGACCGUUCGACGCCAAAACAACAGGGAUACAACGGUAGAUGCGGACAGGACGAGGCGCCUCGUCCUGUUUGCAUUUAUCCUUGUGUCCCUGUUGUAUUGGCGUUUAAGUUUAAGCAUGACGGACGGAGCCGACGGAGGAGCGACAAGCGGCGAUGCCCGAGAUCGUCGAGAUGCGGAGUCCGCGAACCACCAAAGCGUGACAUCCGCCUGAUAACGCAGAGCACCGCUUGAGCAACUGUUCUGACGACGGAGAACGACAUCAAAGUAAUCGGUCCGAGCGGUCGAAGGGGUCGCCCACUGGUGUUUCGUUUCAUCGAGCACGGCUCUGAUUGUUGUAUCCAGAGCUCUGCAUUCAUCCACGGCUCUGCAUCCAUCCACCCGGUCCAGCCAUUGAAGGAUCCAGCCAACGUUAAUUCCAGCCGAUCCAGCUAUCGGCUUCAACUGCUUCAGCAGCUUCAAGAACUGUGGCGCUGUGGCUUCAACAUGAGCCUCAAGAAUACAGUGCUGUUUCGUGCAGGUGAGUAUCACUUUAAAUAGUGACGUCUACAAAUGUCUAAUGUUACUGACCAUAGCAGAGUCCCCACGGUGCAAUACCUGUUCCAUGUUUCAUUUAUCACCUGCAGAUAACAGACGAACAGGAUGAGCAAUGCACAAAAAAGCCGAAAGCAGGAAAACACACCGACUUCGGAGAGUGGCCACAAGCCGAGAAACCUCUUCCUAGCAACACCGAGGUGGAAUGUUACUUAGACAUUGACAACAGUUGUGUGGACAUCAUGUUCCCUCAAGCUAAUGCGUAAAUAACUGUGUACCUAAUUACCUUUAAUAUUUCUUCUUAGUUUCUUAAUUGGGAGGCGAGUAAGGAAAAAGACUUUCAACCUCUUCGCUCUAUUCACGUCCCUUGGAACACCAUGACAGUAUUUGUCAUCCGACUUGCCGUUGCACAGCAGGGGGGCUGAAAGACGGCUCAAACUUCCUAAACUUAUUGCUUGUUUGUACUUAGAAUGGAGAGUGUGCUGAUAGCAUAAUGGGAAGACCGUGUGUUUUAUGUUCUUGCCAUUAUUGGUAUUAUUGGUCGUUGUUUGCCUGUUUUUGUCUCCAACUCAAGGUAAAUCAUAGUCCAAACGUUAACGAGGAGAAUUAUAAAGUUGUGCAAACUAAAUAUAAUUUUAAUUUCAAAAAUAUUCUUUGGUCAAACAUGUCUUUAAAUGUAUUAUUGUGCAUGCUAAAAUCGUUUCCUUUAUUUUUCUUUCAAUCGAGCCAGACUUCUGUCGUUCAUAUCGUUGUUCUAGAAACAACCUGAGUAAAUAAAAUGGCUGUGCAGACUUUUGACACAAAUAUGUUUAGCUUCUUCAGAUGGGAAAUCCUCGUUCAAUAUGAACAGUGUCAUGUAAAGCAAAGGUAGAACUAAUAAAAAAAAACAGUCUGAGCUGGCUUCAGGUGUGGUUCGGCAUGAUUUGGGCCAAGUUCGGGUUGGAUUCAUGUCGAAAAGGGCAGUCGGGCGCGGGCCGGGUUUGCACCAAGGUUUUGUUUGGGCUGGUUUGGUUUAGCCCUAAAAUUUUUGCCUGAUCUGAUCUCUACUGCAAACAGAACAUGUUGAAACAAAAUCAUUCUUAUAAUAUUAGCAGCAUUCUGGGAAAACUUAUCAGAUGUUAAAAAUGAUUCACUGAUAAUUAGAAAUUAGUCAGUAAGGUCCUUGUUAACUUAAAAUUCUAGUAGUACCGUAGAAUACCGCGCAUCCGCCCAUUCCACAUUAAGCACCCAUCCCCAAAUUUGCGAGAUCUGAGAAAAUAUGCACUGUAGAUUUUUAUGUAAAAUCGAUUACCGGACAGGCACCCAUCCCACAUUUUUUUGCGAUUAUCUCUGAAGUUUUAGUGGGCGCUUGCCCAGUAUUUUACGGUAAAUGUUUUUCAUAAAGUUUAGUCUUGUUGCACUUUGCUUUAUGAGGCAUGUAACCUUAAAAAAAGUAUUCAAAUUCAAGAUCCGAGGAUAUCAUGUCACGAAAAAGUUAAUUCUAAGAGCUUUUGAAAACCUGCCUGUAAACAGCCUGGAUGCAGAACUUUGGACUGAUGGAACUAAAUGCACUUUCUGAGAGUAGUAAUUAUAACAUGUGUUUGUGACUUAAAGUUUUGUUGUCAUUUUUGCUCUGGAAGACUAGUUUUUCCCUUUAAAGAUACUGUGGCAGCUAACUACAAUGCCGUAAUUGUUCCCCACAAGGUGACCACUGCACCGGGAAUGAGAGGGGGUUCACUCGAAAUCGCUUGCAGGGCCUGCCAGUAAGCACGUCAGACUGAGUCGUCUCCCUCUGUGGAGGCCUCCGCCAAAGAAGGCAGACAAUUGGGACCAGCGGCCGGCACGGAUUCAACACAAACAAUAUUGGGUUUGGUAAGCUUCAGUGUUGAAGAGAAAAGCUUGAACUGUAAGGACAGCAAGAGCCAAUCCUCCCUCCAAGACGGAUCGACCAUGCAGCAGUGGGAGGCACUGCCACCUCAAGGCUGCCUACACCAGUGCCGCUUCUGUGCAUACUCCACGUACCAGAAGAGUGACAUCACCAAGCACGAAAAGAUGCACACAAAGGAGAAAUGCUACAAUUGCCCCAUCUGUCCUGAAGUAUUCAAACUGAAGAGCCACCUUCAGCAUCACAACAAGAUCCACAGGGGUGAAAAGCCUUUUAGAUGCCAGGUCUGUCCACAGGCAUUUGCAGAGAGAUACAACUUGGUGGACCACGAAAGGAUUCACACGGACGAAAGACCAUUCAAGUGCAGAAUGUGUGACAGUGCUUUUGCACAGAGGUCUACCUGGAAAGAUCAUGAAAGGAUUCACACAGGUGAAAGGCCAUUCAAGUGCAACACAUGUGGCAGUGCUUUUGCACAGAGAUCCACCUUAAGGGGUCAUGAGAGACUGCAUAGGGGAGAGCGACCUUACAGCUGCGAGACCUGUGGGCGAAAGUUCACCCACAGUGGCAACUUGAAUAAGCAUAGAAAGGGUUGCAACUUGUGAGAAUGCUUGUUGCAUGAAACCUGUGGAGGAGACAUAUACCCCUGGAGACAACAUGAGCUUAAACACCUGAUGCGUCUUUUUGUGUAACAAGCAUGUAGUUGGCGGUGCAUACUUGUUUGGUGGGAACAGGUAUCCACAAGCUUUAUUAUAUCUGAAUUUGUCAUAUAGUCCGAAGUAUAAGGGACCUCCACUUACAUUCCAUUCCUAGUUCGAGCCGCAGCU